AUAGGAGAAAAAGAGGGACGCGGCAAAAGGGGGAGUUAGUUGAAAUUGAAUUGUAGAUCGAGGGAGCCUCUCUCCUGCUUCUUCCCUCCCUCCUUUAUUUAUCUCAUGGUAAACCACGCCUCUCUCCUUUCACUUGUCAGUGCAUCUAUAACAUAGAGCUGUCUGCACAGGGCUGUGUGGGGGUUAGGACAACCACUCACAGCCAGCCAGGACUCAGCAGGGGCACCGGACAGCACAGGGGCUGGGACGCGGCCGGAGCAGGUGUGUGUUUGCGUGCGAGUCGACCGAGCUGUGGGUCCCUGUGGAGCCGCGCUCUACGAGGGACGUCGCUCCUGAGGAGCUCAGCUUGAAGAUCCUGGUGCCCGGAACUUGACUGAAACAGAAGAUCACAAGAACUUUGUUGAGCUUUAAGCGUGAGCGAGGGGGUUGGCCUCUCCUGCAGUUAUUGGGAGGUCACCACAGGUCAAAGUGAUGGCAGGGUGGAGGCUGAGUGGGCCCCGCCUCCUCCUCCUCCUGGGGCUCCUGGCCCUGACCCAGGGCUCCUCCUACCUCUCUGGGCAGCGCCUGCGCUCACGCCUGCAGAGGGACCGGCAUGUCCGCAACGUCAGGCCCAACAUCAUCCUCAUCCUCACUGAUGACCAGGACAUCGAACUGGGUUCCAUGCAGGCCAUGAACAAGACUCGUCGUAUCAUGGAGCAGGGAGGCACCCACUUCUCCAACGCCUUCUCCACCACUCCCAUGUGCUGCCCGUCCCGUUCCUCCAUCCUGACGGGGAAGUACGUCCACAACCACCACACCUACACCAACAACGAGAACUGCUCCUCGCCCUCCUGGCAGGCCCAGCACGAGCCGCAUACCUUCGCCGUGCACCUCAACAACUCAGGCUACAGGACGGCCUUCUUUGGGAAGUACCUGAAUGAGUACAACGGCUCGUAUGUGCCCCCUGGCUGGAAGGAGUGGGUGGCCCUGGUCAAGAACUCCCGCUUCUACAACUACACUCUGUGCAGGAACGGAGUCCGUGAGAAACACGGCAACAACUAUCCCAAGGACUACCUCACUGAUAUCAUCACCAAUGACAGCAUCAACUACUUCCGAACGUCCAAGAGGAUGUACCCCCACCGGCCAGUCAUGAUGGUGCUGAGCCACGCUGCCCCCCAUGGCCCGGAGGACUCUGCGCCACAGUACAGCAGCACAUUCCCCAACGCCUCACAGCACAUAACACCCAGCUACAACUACGCUCCCAACCCAGACAAGCACUGGAUCCUGCGCUACACCGGCCCCAUGAAGCCAGUCCACAUGCAGUUCACCAACAUGCUGCAGCGCAGGAGGAUGCAGACGCUGCUGUCUGUCGACGACAGCGUGGAGAAGGUGUAUAACAUGUUAGUGGAGACUGGAGAGAUGGACAACACCUACAUCAUCUACACCUCCGACCACGGAUACCACAUUGGCCAGUUUGGACUGGUCAAGGGCAAGUCCAUGCCCUACGAGUUUGACAUCAGAGUCCCCUUCUACGUACGAGGGCCCAACGUGGAGGCAGGAGCCAUAAACCCUCAUGUGGUGUUGAACAUCGACCUGGCGCCCACACUGCUGGACAUGGCCGGGGCAGAGGUGCCCUCGGACAUGGACGGCAAGUCCAUCCUCAAACUCCUGGACACGGACAGACCUGUCAACAGGUUCCAGUUGAACAAAAAGGGAAAAGUGUGGAGGGAUUCAUUCCUGUUAGAGAGAGGGAAGCCUCUCCAUAAGAGGUCUGAUGGAAAGGAAGUGUCCCAGGAGGAGAACUUCCUGCCUAAGUACCAGCGGGUGAAGGACCUGUGUCAGAGAGCAGAGUACCAGAGCUCCUGUGAACAGCCUGGCCAGAAGUGGCAGUGUGUGGAGGACCCUUCUGGGAAGCUGAGGCUGUAUAAGUGUAAGGGCAUGGCCAGCCUCUUUGCCCCUCGCAUGCAGGCUCUGAUGGCUGCUGGGCCUAUGAGCUAUGGCCACAUGUCCAACUCUGACUCUUGUAACUGUGGCCCUCUGGGCAUCAAGACAACACCCGUGAAGAGGAGGAAACUGCUCACCAAAAAGAAAGGAAAGUCCACUAAAGGUCUGUCUAAGAACCGCUGGGCUCGCUCCAUCCCCUUUGAUCUGGACGGGGAUCUGUUUGCUGUGGACCUUGAGGAGGGGUACCGGCCUGUGGGCCCGAGGAACUCCAGCUGGGAGAGGCAGAGGAUGACUGGAGCUGGGAAUGGUGACAUGGAGGAUGAGGAGUUUAGUGGCAUGGAGGUGACAGCCAGACCUACCACCAGCAACAGCCUCACCCCACCUGCUGCUCUCAAAGUCACCUACAGGUGCUCCAUUCUGAUGAAUGACACAGUCAAGUGUGAUGGAGGCCUCUACAAGUCCCUGCAGGCAUGGAAGGAUCACAAGCUCCACAUCGAGCACGAGAUCGAAACCUUGCAGACCAAAAUCAAGAACCUGCGUGAUGUCAAAGGUCAUUUAAAGAAGGUCCGGCCGGAGGAGUGCCAGUGUAACGACCCCAGUUACUUGUUCAAGAACAAAGGGUCUUUCAGACUCAACACAGGUCGCAUCCAUUCACUCAACAGAAUGCCCUCGAAGCAGAAGAAGCAGUGGCUGAUGAAGGAGCAGAAACGCAGAAAGAAGCUCCGUAAACUACUCAAGAGGCUACGCAACAACGACACCUGCAGCAUGCCUGGCCUCACCUGCUUCACCCACGACAACCAGCACUGGCAGACCGCCCCCUUCUGGACAAUGGGCCCGUUCUGUGCCUGCACCAGUGCCAACAACAACACAUACUGGUGUCUCAGGACCAUCAACGACACUCACAACUUCCUGUUCUGCGAGUUUGCCACAGGUUUCUUAGAGUAUUUUGAUCUUAACACUGACCCAUACCAGCUGAUAAAUGCUGUCAGCAGUCUGGACCGCAAUGCUCUGAACCAGAUGCACCAGCAGCUGAUGGACCUGCGCAGCUGUAAAGGACACAAGCAGUGCAACGCAGAGAAGGGAGGCAAAGAGCGAAACUCCUUCAGUGAAUACAGGCCAGUUCAUCGUCGAAAGAGGCCAAAAGUGAAGAAGCCCUCCUCCAAAUCAGUAGGGCAGAUUUGGGAAGGAUGGGUGGGUUAAACACCUGGACCUGUCCUCCACACUAGCUCUAUCAUCUUCUGCGAGGGAGGCUGAAGAACCUGAGGAUCUUGUGGGGAUAUCACUGGAAUGUAACCUCAUAAACCAUUACUGUAGGAGUUCAUGGAGAAGGCCUGGACUGAUAUAGCUACCAAAAUAUUCUCCAAACAGAGGAAAUGUUUAAGUCUAUGGAACACAAAAAAAUGGAUUAUUGUUGCCUCUUUCCCCCCUCAUACUGAAUAAACACUCUUCCACUCAGUCAAGCUCACUCACAGGACUGUCUCUCAUCUAGUAACCAACAUCUCCCUCUGUCAGGCCCAGCAACUCUGGUAGAUUCUUGAUUUUGUGCGGUUUUAAGUGUCCAUUCUUGAUCAUCAUGGUAUAUCAAUUGCCUGUAAGCUUUUUUAUUGUCCUGUUGAACUGGAGGAAAACAGAUUAAUAAAUGUGAGGUGGAUGAAAUGUCAAUGGUGCUGCUACAAACUGCUGUGGAUCAUCUCCUGGUGUUUCACCCUAAGGCUCUACUACCACACAGGAGAAGGAUAUCUGUCAUCACUCACACUUUCACCCUACUGUACAGACAUACAACAUGAAGAAACUCUUCUCAUCACAUCAUUUCCCUUGGACCACAAACUUCUGGAUGUUUGCUGCAUUCUUGUAUUAUAGCUCAAAUAAAUGUUGCUUGAGUGCCAGUUAUGAUUGUUUUACCUUAUAGAGAGGGUUGAGAGAUGAUGGGGCAUGACUGUACAGUCAAAAGGAUCAAAAAGCUAAUUCUAAUGUUUUUAUCACAGACUCUUAUCAGGACUACUCACCCGAACACCCACACUGAGAGUCUGCAAACCAAACUCCUUAACAUUAGUCAAGUGGCAGAAUGCUUAUGGUACAUUAGUGAAUGAUAUUUUAUUGCUUUGCAUUGUUCAUGCCCUGGUAGGUAUUCAGUAAACUUAGUUUGUUCAGCUUGCAAUACAUGGUGCUAUGAUAACAAUAUGGAAAAAAAGACUUGCUGUAUAGUAUGUAUUUGAAUGUAUGUUGUGCAAUUAAUAUAAAUGUUUACAAUAUUUUUUUAUAAUACUGAAAGGAGGCAGACCUCUCUUGUACCUGGGAUUAUUUAAGACGACAUUAUUACCUUUUAGAUGUUGUUUUCUGUUAGUGUCCGUUUUUUGGAUGUCAAAACUGACUUCUGGAAAAGCACUUACAAAUUAUUAGUGAAAAUAGUAACUGUAAAAUUAAUGGAUUUGUGCAUAAGAAUGCAGAUUGUGAUCUUUUGUCAUUGAAAUAAUGUUGCUUUCUCUUUUGCUCAUUCAGCCUUUUCUUUUCUUUUAUCAGUAUUAGGUGAUAUAUUAUAUUAGCCUAAUUAGACAGUAAUAAAGUGUUGAUUUGCCACA